AGUUUGCCUGCCUUGGAUAACACUAGCUUAGAUUGGUAGCUGCCAAGAAGUUUACCACUUCCCUCCUUCAAAAUCCUUCAAAAGAACAUUGGUGGCUCCAUGUCACAGUUUCAGAGCUCGUGGGAAUUCUACCAGCAAAGCAUACCAAAUGACCUGGAUGUCGAAAUGGAGUCCAUGGCAACUUGCCCAUCCUUUCCUGAUCCAGUCGAUGACUUCGAUAGGAACAUUCCCCGAAUCUGUGGCGUUUGUGGAGACAAGGCUACUGGCUUUCAUUUUAACGCUAUGACCUGUGAAGGUUGCAAAGGAUUUUUUCGGAGGAGUAUGAAAAGGAAAGCGAUGUUCACAUGUCCAUUCAAUGGCGACUGUAAGAUCACCAAAGAUAACCGGCGGCACUGCCAAGCUUGCCGGCUGAAGCGUUGCGUUGACAUAGGCAUGAUGAAAGAGUUUAUUCUGACAGAUGAAGAGGUUCAGCGGAAAAGGGAGAUGAUAAUGAAGAGAAAAGAGGAAGAAGCCCUUAAGGAGAGCUUGAAGCCCAAAUUGCUUGAAGAGCAACAGCAUGUUAUUGAUAUUCUCCUUGAAGCCCACCGCAAAACUUAUGAUCCCACUUACUCCGACUUUGGCCAAUUCCGGCCUCCAGUAAGAGACAGUUUGGGAAGAACUACAAAAAGAUCUUCCUCUGUUGUAACUCAAAGUUUCUCCUCAGAAGACUCUUCAGAUACUUUCAACUCCUCCCCAGAGCCAAAGAUGUACGCAAAUCUGGACCUGAACGAUGACAGUGAUGAAAGUACAUCCAUGUCCAUAGACUUCUCACACCUCUCCAUGCUGCCUCACCUAGCCGACCUGGUUAGCUACAGCAUCCAGAAAGUGAUCGGUUUUGCAAAAAUGAUUCCAGGGUUCAAAAAUUUAACAGCAGAGGACCAGAUUGCUCUGUUGAAAUCCAGUGCCAUUGAAGUAAUUAUGCUCCGUUCAAAUCAGUCGUUUACAAUGGAAGAUAUGUCUUGGACCUGUGGCAGCAACGACUUCAAAUACCAAAUCAGUGAUGUCACUCAAGCUGGUCACAACCUGGACUUGCUUGAGCCCCUUGUUAAAUUUCAGAUUGGUCUGAAGAAACUGAAUCUGCAUGAAGAAGAGCAUGUGCUCCUGAUGGCCAUCUGCAUCCUUUCUCCUGACCGCCCUUGUGUUCAGGACACUGCUCUGGUGGAGUCCAUCCAAGAUCAUCUUUCAGGAAUCCUGCAGACAUACAUUCUCUGCCGACACCCCCCUCCGGGCAACCGCCUGCUUUAUCCCAAGAUGAUCCAGAAACUUGCAGAUCUGAGGAGCCUGAACGAGGAGCAUUCCAAGCAGUAUCGCUGCCUCUCCUUUAAGCCUGAACACAGCAUGCAGCUCACUCCACUGGUUCUUGAAGUCUUUGGCAACGAGAUCUCUUAAUUUGGCAUUGAGGAUGAAUCACAUUGAAGGAAUGAAAGGAGUCGGCCCAGCUUCUCACUGGUGGCAAACUGAGAGCUUCGGCUCAAGUGAAGUUUUUGUAUAUUCUGUCAGCAAGAGGGGUUUUUGUUUUUUUUAAAAAUCCACACUACCAGAGGGACUGCAGUGUUUGUACAGCUUCAGCCUCAUCCUUUGCAUUGCUGUUGAGCAGCAACCUGCCAGCUAGCCCCCUCUCUCCUGCCAAUCAAGACUGAGCUGCUUUCUCACUUGCUGCUUUGCCAUGACGGAACUGCUUGUUGCUUUCUUCAGUGUAGAGCUUUCCAAGCCAGUGGCUGAAACUACUGUGUGUUAAGGAAGGUAAAGAUUGAAUAGGAGCUUCCACGUAGAAUUGGUGGAACGUAUGGCUUGAGAAAGACUGGACAUUGGGUUUUACCAUAUCACGUUGAGAGCUUUCAGUCCAGUAUGACUGUAAUAUGCAGAGAUGGCUAACUGUUCUUUUUGCACUCCCCCACCCCUAUACUUUUCUGCCAAAUACCCCAAGGCUCUUUGGCACUAAAAAAGAAAAAAAAAGUAUUUAUUAGCCUAAUAAUGAAUAGGAAAGAGACAGUUACUGGAAUAAAUAACCUGUGUCAUCUUUCUGGGUUUUAAAAAAUGUGAUUUGUUCAGUGUUUAGAAACAUGCCCAGCACAUUGUUGUCACUAAAUAAACCUGCAAGAAAAGAGCUAACCAUGCACAACUAGUGGAGGUCUUAGGAGAAUCCUUAAUAAAGCCCCUGCCAGGAGCUUAGUAUUGUUUCAUGAGAAGUGAACCCACUAAAACCCAUGCCCUGUUUGCAACUAAUGUCCUUACAGUUUCAAACACUACUAACAGCUAAGAGGAUAUUUCAAAUAACCCAGUGGUAUGGAGUUGGCUUCUAAUCCAUCAGAGAGGGUUGAGUUGUUCAGAAUAAUGAUUUAGUAUUGCUUUUGAGUGAUGCAGAGAGAUUCCUUGUGAUCAGGUCAAGCCAUGUGCAAAGCGGCGCCUAAGUAUUACAUCCACCAUAUAAAGAAGUGAUUUUCAGCUGUCUCCAUGUUAGAGCUAUAAUGUUUGAGUCAGGCCUUAGUCAUUCUCAGGGAAGCUGAAACUGAUUUAUUUUUGUCACUCAUAAGAUGUUUACUGUGAGUUUGAUCAUCUCUGAGCUAUGUGACCUCUGGAAAAAUGAAGUACAUAUGAGCGGUCUGCUGACAAGGGAAGUAAUUGUCAUCAAUAUUAAGUAAAAUCAUGUAUAUACAGAAUACCUAUUUGGUAUAGAUAAUUGGUACUGUAUGGGUCCCAUAGGAUUUGAAAAAAGUAUCUUUCAUUGGACCAACUUCUAUAUGGUUUAGGAUUAUGCAAGUGCUUUGGUGACACUAAGUUAAAACAUGAAAAACAGAAAGGUAAGCUCAUUGUCAGCUGUAGAGAGCACAAAGCCGGUCACAGAUGGUUGUUCUCCCCAUCACUUUGGAUAGCUAGUGGCCUGUUCCUAAAAUAUAAGUACUACUCACUUUACACACAUGCUGUACAUUCACCAGCAUGCUGUUGUAUUUGUUUUAAAAUUAUUGUCAUAGCUGCAAUUUGCACAUUGUAUACAGCUACAGAUGAUCACCGAAAUGUCUGAUGAAUGACAUGACUUAAAUUCUAUGGAUACAAGAAGGCUUCAUUGAGCAGAUUAGUCUCAGGGGUUGUGUCUGUAAGAAUUGGCAUAGAACAAGGUGAAGAUGGGAGCUACCUUUUAGGAUUAAAAUCUCACUUUUACUCACUAGGUGUCAGUAGGGUAACACACUAGAAAGUCAUUCUUGUGUAAAGUGCCUUGCAUUUGCUCCACAGUGAUGAAUCUUCCCCCAGAAUUAUGAGUAGAUUGUUUUACUCUAAAAUUAAUCUAAAUUACUAGGAUUGGAAGGGUUCAUCAAAGUCUUAACUUCCUUCUGUGUUUGAGAGUUGGCACUAGAGCAGCCCACCCACAUGGAGUAAGUCGCUGUGUGUGUGUGUGUGGGGGGGUGAUAGGAGAUGGAGUACAGCUCCCCCAACAGUACAGCUUUCUCAUAAGAAAGUAAGACAAGGCCUGAUGAAUCAGAAUUGUCGAGUCCAGCAUCCAGCAUUCUGUUCACACGGUGGUCAACCAGAUGCUCCAAUAGGAAGCCAAGCAGCACAUCUCCCUUUGCCUGGAGAAUAAGCCAAUAAAGACUAAAUGUUUGCAGAUUUAGAAGAGAUGAAAAGAAAGCAGCCAUUUGUUACAUGUCUCCUUCUACGUAAGCUUUCAAAUCUCCUUUUCAAACUUCUUGUCGCUUCAGCUAGUGGGGCAACUCUUAGUAUGUUGUUCAACUACUUCAGCAAGACACACCCACCACCUUAAGUAAUUUAGGCUGCAAUCCUAUGCAUACUUACCUGGGUGUAAGUGCCAUUGAACUCAAUGGAAUUUACUUCUGAGUAGGCACAUAUAGGAUUGUAUUAUAAGACAGGUUUUUUUUAAAACACCAUAAUGGCAUUUGGAGUUUGUCUGCGCAUCUAAGAUUAUGGUCACUUUCAAUGCCAGAUGGGUUUACUAUGCAAAGACAUAGUGGGCAUGUAGAAGGAAGUCCUGAGAAAUCACAGUGCCCUGGUGUGUGACCCAAGGGUUGAAAGAUGCUCAAGUGCUUGUCAAGGAGAAGAUUAUAGUGUUUACCGCGGGACGCACACUGGAAAUCUGUCUGCAACAUAAAAUGUGAAGCAGUUGUUGGAACAUAAGCAUGCUAAUCCUCAGUAGGUUCUUCUUCGUGGUCUCUAUGCAUCUUACAUAUGGGCUCUGUGUGCGCACGGAACUUCAAUUCAGGAAAAAUAAUUGUGUGUCACUUUAUUGUUAAGAUACCUUUGUAAAGGGAAAAUUAGGAGCCCUUUGCAAUUCUUUUCCGGGUUUAAAAAGAGAAGCAAAUGAGGAGGCCUUUACUUGAAACAAAAAGGCAUAACCUUUGUGGGAGUUGCACUCAUGGAUGGGAGAUUUGGAUCACAUAUGUCCCAUCUCAGGAAAUAAUCCCUCAAGCCUAAAGGGAUGGAUGGUUGUUGCUAAAUCAAUCACCAUUCUGAAAGGGUUUUACACUUAAAGAGGGCCUAAAAGUAAUUAUAAAUAAAUAAAUUGAUACAUAUUGCUAUUGUGUAAACCAGGGAUAAUCCCAGCACCUGUGUACUUGAUGGGACACGGUAAUAUUUUAAAUAAUGCUCCCAGUAAGCAAGUCAAGCUUCUUGAGCAAGGCCUGGGUUAUUAAAAAAUGCCUGUGUAUGGAAAACACCUAUCAUUAAUCUUUUCAGACAAAGAUCCAUCUCUGUUUUCCAUCUGCUUCCUUUUCUUUGAGACAGGGGGAGAGAAUAAACAUUCUGUUUUAUCUUUUGGUUAUCUACCCUAAGCUAAGAAGAUACAGUUGACUCUAGCGGUGAUUUCCAGUUAAGGCGUGUAUGGCAUCAUUGCCUUGCUUUAUUCAUUGAGUUUUAGGGGGUGUUCAGACAUCGUCUUCUGCUUGUAACCCACCCAUGUUUUUCCCCACAGCUUAUUCCGUCUUUUUCUUUACUGCAGAGAAUCUGUUAAGGACAAAAAGACUGAAUUGCUAUACAUUGCCUUCAGAUUUGUUGCACUUUUAGACCUAUCUGGAAGCAUCCUAGAUCUAAAUAAAUUGUCACUGCAGUCACUUAAGAGAGUAAACCUGGCCACUGUGUUUUCCAAAUUAAUUUAGGUGCACUAUGUUGCCUGCCCUCUAUAUUAAACCCAUUAGCAAUUACUAUGCUGAACACUUUGCACCGAAUAUUGAGGCAUAAUUGAAUGUGUAAAUAGCUAUUUAAUAUAGGUUGGAAAUGUUUGGUUUUAAAAUAUAAAUUGGAUUUUAAAAAUUUAAGAAUGACAUUUGAAUCAAAGCUGCUCCUUUGAAGAGAUGCUGGAAUUUGAUUUAUUUUUUCCCAACUCUACAUGUGAAAGCCAAACCUGUACAAUAAGAGAGUAGCUUAUUUCCAAAUGUGAAACACAAAUUAUCUCUUGUUUGUUGCCUUGUGUAAUUUAAAUCGUCAUGCAAUGCACUUUAUGAAAAUCAGCAGAAUGAUUUAAAGAGACAAAUCUAUAUUUUAAUUAUAGUGGUGGUGAUGAUGAUGAAGAUGAUGACUUAGAUGCAAAUGAUAGCUUUUUAUUCCUCUGUACAUCUUUGGGCUGUUUUCUAAUGGAUAAAGAGAAGAUCUAAUAUAAAAAAUAUUCCAGAGGUUUAUUGACAUGAUAAAGAAUGAGUGAAUACUGUUCUUCAUAGUUUUAAGUGUAAUAUGCUGUUACCUUCUUAAUAAAAAUGUACUGCUUUGUGAAAAA